GCAAAACCGUUCCCGAGGUCCCAUCAAAUCUCAGAUCCUCCACAUAAUAAAUCAAAACACAAAACUCCACUUUCUGCUGCUCUUCUAUAGUGAAGAGAGACAGAGAGAGAUAACACACAGCCAUUCCUCAGCAGUUCUGCGUUUUUUUAGCGAUUGAUCAUAAUGAUGGCGAGUGCCGCUGCGAUCGGAGCUCUGAAAGUUCCAUUACCGGCCUCUUCAUCUACUAAUUCGUCGAAACUCAACCGGAAAACAUCGCCGCUUGUGCAAAGCUUGUCAUUCUCGUCGUCCAAUCUUUCCGGGGAUAAGAUUUAUUAUAAGGCCUUUUCCGGUCGUCCUGGAAAUGGCUCUAAUGAGAGGACGCCGAUGGUGGUUUCUCCUAAGGCCGUUUCUGAUUCCAAGAAUUCACAAACAUGUCUUGACCCCGACGCUAGCAGAAGUGUUUUGGGAAUUAUUCUUGGAGGUGGUGCUGGGACCCGUCUUUACCCACUUACCAAGAAGAGGGCAAAACCAGCUGUUCCUUUAGGAGCAAAUUACAGGCUGAUUGAUAUUCCUGUGAGCAAUUGCUUGAACAGUAAUAUAUCAAAGAUUUAUGUUCUUACACAAUUCAACUCUGCAUCCCUCAAUCGUCACCUUUCACGAGCAUAUGCAAGCAACAUGGGUGGCUACAAGAAUGAAGGUUUUGUUGAAGUCCUUGCUGCUCAGCAGAGUCCAGAAAAUCCAAAUUGGUUCCAGGGUACUGCUGAUGCAGUCAGACAGUACUUGUGGUUAUUUGAGGAGCACAAUGUUUUAGAAUUCCUGAUUCUUGCUGGGGAUCAUUUGUAUCGAAUGGAUUAUGAAAGGUUUAUCCAAGCACAUAGGGAAACUGAUGCAGAUAUCACUGUCGCUGCUCUACCAAUGGAUGAAGCACGUGCAACUGCCUUUGGUCUUAUGAAAAUUGAUGAAGAAGGGCGCAUAGUUGAAUUUGCUGAGAAACCAAAAGGCGAGCAAUUGAAAGCUAUGAAGGUUGAUACUACCAUUUUAGGUCUUGAUGAUGAGCGAGCUAAAGAGAUGCCUUAUAUUGCUAGCAUGGGGAUAUAUGUUGUUAGCAAAAAUGCCAUGUUAGAUCUGCUAAGAGACAGGUUUCCUGGAGCCAAUGAUUUUGGAAGUGAAGUUAUUCCUGGUGCUACCUCCAUUGGGAUGAGAGUACAAGCUUACUUAUAUGAUGGCUACUGGGAAGAUAUUGGUACAAUUGAGGCCUUUUACAAUGCGAAUCUUGGGAUAACUAAAAAGCCAAUACCAGAUUUCAGCUUUUAUGACCGUUCAUCCCCAAUCUAUACUCAACCUCGUUAUUUGCCUCCAUCCAAGAUGCUUGAUGCUGAUGUUACAGAUAGUGUUAUUGGCGAGGGUUGUGUCAUUAAGAACUGUAAAAUUCACCACUCUGUGGUUGGGCUUCGAUCUUGCAUCUCAGAAGGUGCAAUCAUAGAGGACACAUUGUUAAUGGGAGCGGAUUAUUACGAGACUGAUGCGGACAGGAGGUUUCUGGCUGCAAAGGGUAGCGUUCCAAUUGGUAUUGGCAAGAAUUCUCAUAUCAAGAGAGCCAUUAUUGACAAGAAUGCCCGAAUUGGAGACAAUGUGAAGAUCAUUAAUAGCGACAAUGUGCAAGAAGCAGCUAGGGAAACUGAUGGAUAUUUCAUUAAGAGUGGGAUUGUCACAGUAAUUAAGGACGCCUUGAUUCCCAGCGGAACCGUGAUUUGAGAAAGAUCAUCUUCUUUACUUACACUUCCAAAAUCCUGGUUGGGGCAUCUAAUAGCAAUUCUACUUUGCGCGUUUAUUUUUGGCCUCUUUUAAUGCACGAUUCAUGCAUAUGUUCUGGUUGUAUAAAUAUUUGAACCCCAACUUGUUGUCUACAGACAUGCAAAACGAGAAUGAAGUGCAGAGUUUAUAGGCAAACUCAUGAUCAUGCAAGAACCAUAGUUGGAAAAAUCUUGACAGAAGAAUUUUGAUCGCCAUAAAUAUAAAUAAAACACUAAGAGUUUGUUUAUUAUAGAACAAA